AUGACGUUUAGACGCCACUUUUACUAUACAUUCGCAGGUGUUUAUGGCGAUGAACCGGACAAGUUAGUAAAUGGAAUACCGACCACUAUAGAUGAGAAUCCGCAUUGUAUCUCCAUAAGAGUCCAGAACAAUCAUAUAUGUGGCGGUAGCAUAAUCAGUCCAUCUCAUAUUAUAACUGCCGCACAUUGCCUGGUGUCUCUAAUGCAGAAUGCCGGUAUGAGGCGAUCGUUAACCAUUGUUUCUGGCACGACCCAGCUUAAUUCGGGUGGAGUUCAACAUCAGGUAGCAAGUAUGUGGGUUCAUGAAAAGUACAACCCCAACGAUCCUUCGGGCAGAGGCCCUUAUGACAUCGGUUUGAUGAAGCUGGCUAACCCCAUUCGGUUUAACCAAAGACAACAACCAAUUAAUCUUCCAACAAGGGAUAUUGCAGAGAAUGAAGCUGUUACGAUUGCUGCCUGGGGUUCUACGGGCUAUAGACAACCCACACAUAACAAUUUGCAGAAACUGAAUGCGAAAUGCAUGCUUCCGAGCACAUGCCAGACUUAUCAUCAAGGUUUCAUGAGAAUUCACCAAACCGAAAUGUGUACUCUUAUCACCUACGGAACUGGAUUGUGCAAUGGUGACAGCGGUAGCGGACUGAUUCGAAACAGUGACAGAACACUUUGCGGUCUGGUAUCUGGUGGAAAACCGUGCGCCCAAGGUGUUCCAGAUGUGUACACCGGUGUCUACCCCUUCUUGGGUUGGAUCCGACAAAAAAUGUCACUCUAAUUUCCUUCUUUAUAUAUAUAUAGCAUCUUUUUAAUACUUAAUAAAGAUCAUUGAGCAAAUGUAUAUUUUUUAUUAUAUAAUGUUAUUAAUGUACAUCAUUUAUAUAGCUGUUAUUGAAUUUUCGUUAUUACGCCUGCAAAAAGAAGCUAGCUUAAAAU